GAUGAUGAUGCUGAGGCAGCUGAAAGACAAGAGACUCAGCAAAUCCCUGCCGGUUACAUUAGCAAUGAACUAUUCAGAGUAGCUGUUGAUCGGUUUAUACGGAGCCUGAGUGUCUUUGAAUAAAUACCGUGUUUGAUUCUGUCUACCGUCCCACAAAUUUUGGCUUUGAUUAUAAGCAGUCCGCUUCUCGUUGCUUGGCAAACCCUACCUCCAUCCCCUCCUCAUGAGUUAUCCUUUUGCUUUACCUACAACGGGAUCGGUUGCUCUCGCAGACUUUUUUGAGAAUCUGGGACCUUAUUCAAAGCAAAUUUCUGAAGCAACAGCACAGCGUGGCCGAUUGCGAGCAGCAUUAAAGACAAUUAAACGCCAGGAACAGCUGAACAAGGAUUACCAGGAAGUUAUAAAUACUAUAGAAGAUUAUUUGCCAUAUCUUUAUGGUAUCAUUGCUUGUAUAGAAGGAGAGGAACUUGUACCGCGUGGUGAUAUAGUAACGUCAUGGCGAUCGACACUGAGUGGACAUACGAAAGCAUUAGGUGGACAGAAACCUCGGGUUAACUGUAAAGGAAUCAAAGCAGAGCUUUGUUUUGUGCUCAUGACCUAUGCAUAUGCCUUUUGUCUGCGUGGCUCAGAAAUCAUUUCAUCCAUACCACCUGAGAGCGACCAUUCAGAAGUACAAUAUAACAAGGCUGCGGAUAUGUUGAACAGAGCUGCAGGAAUAUUUUCAUAUGUCGCCGACAGUAUUGACCACCCGCCACCAGACUCUUCCUCUCCGAGAGCUAUAGAACUGCACCAAGACGCCGCAACGGCUCUUUCAAAACUGGCAGCAGCCGAUGCCCAAUCAGCGGCAGUCAGUAAAGCUCUGGUUCACAGCAAAGUCUCAAAUUCACUCAUAGCGAAAUUGUAUAUGGGUGUUGCAAACCAGUAUGACACUGCAAAUGGAUUACUCUCUUCUCUUCCCAAUUCCGAAAUUGCCUCAGAUUUAAAACGAUACCUCAGUGAUGGAACGUCCUUUUAUAAGGCAAUGGCAAAGAAGCAUCUGAGUUUAGAUGCAAAUGAUAACCAGUAAGUAAUGUCUAUGUUAUGCUUCAUGCAAUUCUCUUUCUCAUGUUCGGUGGUUUUUUAGAAAUUCAGGCAUUGCCGUAGGAUUUAUGCGGGAAGCCAAAGCUGAGCUUCACGCACUUAAAAAAGUAUCUAAAUCAACGCUGUCCAUAACCCAUUCGGCCGUUGCCUCUCGGGCUACUAAGGAAGAAGA